AUGCCAAGGAACACCCCGGCAGACCAUUUCUGGGGUCAUUCAAGAACUCGGAGCUCCGAACAAUGCCCACACCUACAUCUUCUAGUUGUCGGCGCCCGGGGAAUCGGCAAAACAGCACUAGUGCGCCAUGCUCUAGCAGGACCCGAGUCGGAGUUCCAGAUCACCGUGCACAGCAAUAACGAUGAGUGGGUCACGCCGGGCUGGAGUUCCCUGCGCAAUCCCCGACUGGUGGUUCACGAGAUAUCGUAUAUCUACGACGACGAAUUUACACAGGAAGAAGAUUCGAUUCCUGGGCUCAAUAAACUGGAGAUAGUGCAGCAAAUUUUGAAGGAGAAAACCACCGACCAGUCUUUUAUGGACCAAAUCCAUGUUAUUUGGUUUUGCAUCGAAGUCCCAGCAUCGUCAAAUCGUCCAGUUUUUACACCUUCAGAUCUUGUAUUCUUGGCCUCGCAGAAUGUGCCCAUCGUAGUGGUUUUCACCCGAUUUGACCUUCUCAUCGCUGAUCUGGAAGAGCGAUUGAGUUUGCCUGACAAUAUUUCGGACGAAUCGGCGGAUGGCUUAACAGUGCAACGAGCAAAUGCACAAUUCCUCGCUAUGUGCAUGUCAAAGCUAGCCGAAUUGGACUACAUAGCCUCGCAUGCCCGCACCGGGGGACUGAAAACCGCGACUAUAGACGCAGAAUCCAUUAACGUCAUUAGAAAACUCGUUGAAACGACCUGCUAUCUUGCGGAUGAAUACGUGGAACGCAAGCUGUGGGAAUCUGAGCGCACACGUAUAUCCCAAGAUCGUGAUGGUCCUUGGAAAACCAUCGCUGAGGCUUCAGAAAGUGUCAUGGAUGUCUAUUAUGAGGCGGUCCGCAGUAACAUUCCCUGGAGCAGCCUAGGCAACACCAUGGAUAGACUGCAUCGAACCAUUACGCGGAAAUGGAAGCUGGAUGAUCCUCAUGUGCGACGGGACGAUACCCCUUUUGUUUCCCAGGUCCACCAACUGUCGACCACGCACAACCCACAUCGCCCGGAGUCUGAUAAACCUUCAUGGUUAGAGGCUGAGUAUGAUUGCGGGAGGAGUCAUAGUGGGCUUUUGGAUGGUCUAUUGGAUCACACAAAAAAUUCCUGAAACCAUCCGUUUCUUUCUCGAAUACUCUAUCCACCUUAUACUCCUCCUGGACCGCAUUUUCUACAAUACCACAAUCAAUAAUCUCGGUCGUCCACGCCCAUUAACAGAGGCAGAUUUGAACCAGGCGCUUCAUGAGUACCAAAACUCUGGAACAGCGGCUCAGGUACACUCCGAAGUACAAUUGUUUGUGGACCAUGGAUGCAAAACGUGGUGGAAGAUGUACCCCAGGCUUAAGAAACAAAGGGCAGAGCAGUUGGUGAAAGAUGUAGUCGAGAGGUUGAGGGUACGACCGGAGAACGGCUUGACACCAAUGACGGGUAACGACCGCCCAGACGCGAGGAUCGAUGUCGCGGGAAAUUUUUCCGGCCCUAGGCAAGCGGUUGAGAGGGGAAGGGCACAAGUGGAGACUGAGAUGAUACCGAUGGAGGUAUUGGGAAACAACUCUUCGAAUCCGAGGAACGACGUUGUCGACAAUUCUGCUGGCGCUACGCAGAUUGAGAAUCAAGAUGGGAGGGCCACAACGACACCUGACGACAACAGGUAG